UCCCGCGCUGCCGCGGCCGUUGCGCCCCGAGCCGGCCCCACCGUCCCCGCUGCUGUCCCCGCUGUCCCCGCUCAGGUGGCGACAUGGCGCGGCCGCUGGCGCUCCUGCUGCUGCUGCCCGUCCUCCUCGCCGGUCUCAUGUGGUGUCCCGGAGCCAUGGCCAGCUACCCGCCCAACUGCGCUCGGUAUGGGAACUACAUGUGUCCAAGGGACUACCAUCCAGUCUGUGGCACUGAUGGAGAGACCUACGGAAACGAGUGUGUGCUCUGCCUUGCUAACAGGGAAGAUCAUACGCGUAUAGAAAUUGCCCAUAAGGGACAUUGCUGAUACUACAGAUGGCUGCUUUUCAAGAAAAUUAGAGGGUCACAGACAAUCCAAAUGGAAGCAAUGCCUUAAGUGUACCUUCUGUGUAGCCUGUCUUAAUAAACAAAUGUGCAUAUUUAAA